CCCGUCCCCCUUUCACAUCCCACACAAUGGGCAAGUUAACCAGCACAAUCGGUAUUCCGAUCAAGCUUCUGAAUGAAGCCCAGGGCCACGUUGUUACCCUCGAAAUCACCUCUGGAGUCGUGUACCGCGGAAAACUCCUCGAAGCCGAGGACAACAUGAACGUGCAACUCAAGGACAUCACCGUCACAGCCAGAGACGGCCGCGUGUCGCAUCUCGACCAGGUUUAUAUCCGGGGCAGCCAUGUGCGGUUCUUCAUUGUGCCUGAUAUGCUGCGGAAUGCUCCUAUGUUCCGCUCACGAGGCCAGCGCGGACGAGGUGUCGGUCUUGCCCGUGGCAAGGCGACUGUGCAGCGGGCACGGGGCCAGAGACGCGGUUGAGCUUGGUUUGUGGCGUUCAAGAGGGUUUCGUUUUACUUCUUCUGCUUUUACUUUACGGGGUGCUCUAAUGUUGGAAAUAAAAGAACGAAUCGGGCGGCAUGGGUCUAAGCCGGGUACUGGGCCUGGGUGCGUAAAUGGUUGAUGUGUUUGUGUGAAUGCGAAGACAUUAAAAAAAAAAAACUGAUCUGAUCUGAUCUGAUCUGAUAUCCUUGGUUUAGCUAUCAACUCUUGUUGUGAGGCUGGAUAUGUGCACGCGCGCGAGAGAGAGAGAGAUACCCAGCGAGAAAACGACUCGGACC